CCAAUAGAAAGGUGAGAAAAGUUGACGGGCAGUUGGAGCAACCAAUGAGCGGAGUCGGUGUCUAGAAAGCCGGAGACAGCGGGCGCAGCAGUCAGCAUUGAAGGGCAUUGAUCACAUUGCUGCGGGUACAGACUGCUGAUUCACCAUGGGAGGUCACGACUCAGGGGCACAGCACCACUUCACUGGCAUCAAGAAGUACUUCAACUCCUACACCAUGGUCGGCAGGAGAAAUUGUGUCCUUGCUACUUAUGCAUCAAUUGCAGGAAUAAUACUUUUCUUUAAAUUGAAACCAAAAAAACAAGCGGCAGUCACCGAUAAAUAAUGGAUCUGGAUUUAAUGGCUGAGAGAGUUGAAGGACCAUCUCUUCCCCUGACCCCCAUGGACUUGCUCACCUUUUGACAUUAAAAAACAAGAUUACUUGGAUUUAUAUUGUCUUUAUUUACAAUGUAUCAAGUAAAAAAAAAAAGUCUGUACAAAAUUCAGCAGCACCAUCCUGCCAGGCGUCCGUGAUCAGUUUGUUUGAGGCAUGAGUAAAUAAAGGUGUCACAUCCC